AGUCGCACUCAAUCAGCCUGAAAGUCUGAUACGAAAAAUAUUAUUUCAAUAAAAUGGUGGAACAAAAUUCAAUAAACUCGAAACGCAUCAACGAUGAGGACUCUGAUCCGUUGAAUAAUAAAAAAUCGAAAAAUUUCGUCAAGAAAAAUUUGUUGCUCAUAACAACUUUGGCCGGUGUUGCAAUUGGCACAUUUACUGGUUUCCUCUUACGUCCGUAUCAUUUAUCUGCCGACACCAUCAUGCUGAUCGCCUAUCCCGGUGAGCUAUUUUUGCGACUAUUAAAAUUGGUCACAUUACCGAUGCUCGUGUCCAGCCUUGUAACCGUUUCGGCCAAUUUAAAUGCUCGCAUGAACGGUAAAAUUGUGUUCCGAACGAUAGUCUACUUCGCCACAACGUCCAUGCUGUCAGCACUUUGCGGUAUUUUAAUUGCUAUGAUUUUGCAACCGGGUAAUGUUGGUAGUGGCAAAAGCUUGGACGAAACGAUUCAGAGCGAACAACAUGCUAAGUUCUUGGAUACGAUUUUAGAUCUGGGACGAAACUUAUUUCCGGACAAUUUAUUCGAGGCGACCUUUCAACAAACCGUGACCACCUACGUUCCAACAAAGGGUACUGACUCAAAUUCGAUGUUGGUGCGCACACUGACCCAACGAUCCGGCACCAAUACAAUGGGAAUCGUACUAUUUUGCCUGGUGUUCGGCAGUUUGUUGAGGACAAUGGGAGAACGCGGUCGGGUCGUUAAAGAUUUCUUUGCCGCAACAUUUGACGUUACGUUGAAACUGAUCACGGCAAUCAUUUGGCUGACCAGUGUUGCAGUGGCGAGCAUUAUCGCUGCCAAAAUACUGAGCAUCGACAAAUUGUUGGAAGUUUUCUCUCAGCUCGCCUCGUUCAUCGUUUGCGUUCUGCUCGGCAUAGCAUUCCAUCAAUUGAUUAUGUUGCCCGCCAUUUAUUUCAUAUUCUUACGGAAGCAACCGUACACGUUCUUGGCUAAGCUGAUCGAUCCGUGGGUCGUUUCAUUCUCUGCAGCAUCGUCUGCCGUCACACUACCCACCACAUUGAACUGCAUGAGUAACAAAAUGGGAAAAGACAGCCGCAUCUGCAACUUUGUCCUGACACUCGGAGUCAGCCUAAACACCAACGGUGCCGCUAUGUUUCUGGCGAUAUCAACGCUGUUCAUUGCGCAAUUAGAAGGAGCAACGUUAACAUACGGUUCAUUGUUCACAAUCCUGCUGAUGGUAACCAUUGCAUCAAUGUCAAUACCAUCGGUACCAAGUUCGUCGCUGGUUAUGCUUCUGGUCAUUCUGACAACGAUUAAUGUCGAUGCUCGGAACAUUUCCUUGCUAUUUGCUGUUGAUUGGAUGUUGGAUCGGUGUCGAACGACUAGCAAUGUUAUCGGAGAUUGCUUCGCCGCAGCAGUUUUAGAGAAAAUUUCGAAGAAAGAUCUUGCCGAAAUGGAUAAAGAGUCAGCGCUGGAAGGGAAACCUGAAGUCGAAUCGUUGCUUCAACCUGUGUAGCGGACACAAGCAAAAAAUUGGUUCUGACGCCAUC